CAGCCAGCCAAGGUUACACAGCCGUUUUCUCUCCCCCGCCUCUGAAAGGUAGGCUGUCCAGCUGCAUCUCCUCAUCCACACGCGACAUUUCGCUGCCUGUCUAACGCGAGCGGGCGGCUGGGUGACUUUAUGGUGACAAAUGGAGACCUUCAAUCAUAAACUGAACACCUACUUAGAGUCAUGGAUGGGUCCAAGAGAUCAGCGGGUUCGGGGAUGGCUACUGCUCGACAACUACCCACCAACCUUUGCACUCACAGUCAUGUACCUUCUGAUCGUAUGGUUGGGGCCCAAGUACAUGAAGCACAGGCAGCCGUACUCCAGCAGAGGCCUCCUGGUGCUCUACAAUCUGGGCCUCACACUCUUGUCCUUCUACAUGGUCUAUGAGCUUGUUACCGCUGUGUGGCAUGGUGGCUACAACUUCUACUGCCAGGACACUCAGAGUGCACAGGAAGUGGAUAAUAAGAUCAUAAAUGUCCUGUGGUGGUACUACUUCUCCAAGCUCAUCGAGUUCAUGGACACCUUUUUCUUCAUACUACGAAAAAAUAAUCAUCAGAUCACCUUUCUUCACAUCUACCACCACGCUAGCAUGCUGAAUAUCUGGUGGUUCGUUAUGAACUGGGUACCCUGCGGCCAUUCGUACUUUGGUGCUUCCCUAAACAGCUUUGUCCACGUCGUGAUGUAUUCUUACUACGGCCUCUCAGCCAUCCCAGCCAUGCGGCCGUAUCUUUGGUGGAAGAAGUACAUUACACAGUUACAGCUGGUCCAGUUCUUUUUAACAAUGUCCCAGACAAUAUGCGCAGUCAUAUGGCCAUGUGGCUUCCCCAUGGGAUGGCUGUACUUCCAAAUAAGUUACAUGGUCACGCUCAUUUUCCUUUUCUCAAACUUCUACAUUCAGACUUACAAGAAGCACAGUCCUUCUCUAAGGAAGGAGCACCAGAACGGCUCUCCUGCAUCGACAAACGGGCACGCAAAUGGGACGCCAUCUAUGGAGCGCACUGCACACAACAAACUGAGGGUGGAUUGACAUUUGAGAAACCGUCACCCAUUUCUCACUGUAGCGCAUUAGCUGAUGCUGCUAGGAGGUAUAUGUGUCUUCUUAUCUAGAAUAGUCUUGCACUUGAGAUGAAAAUAAGCCAUAGCCACAUAUAUCCAGAGACUUCCCAUGUUUUUAGACACAUUCCGACUCAUGGUAUGGAAUGAUUCAGUUAAAAUAUUUAAAGGACAAGUGUAGUAUGGUUGACACUGCACAAUAUUGCCCAACCCGAAUCCUCUAGAUGAAGUAAUUCACUGCAAAGCAAAAAUCUCUCUCUUGCUACCAGCGAACAAACACACAUUUUGACUCAUUCCAAGAUGCUUUAUGCAGAGACGGUCUGAAGAUGAAAGCUCCAGUGAAUGUGUUGGCAGCUGAAGGUUUCAUCACACUCGAGGACAUCUCUGUCUCAACAACCUAAGGGACGAUUAAAAUAACACAGUGUUUACUAUGGUCCUUAAUGUGUAACUAGAGCGUACACUGCUGCUUUAUCUCACUCUUGCCUGUGCUGUUGCAUAAUCCUAAAAUUUGCCCUGUGUAAUACUGGAAUGCAUUUUUAUUGUCAGGUUGUAACAGCAGAAGUUGCAUUUUGCUGUAUAUUUGCAGAGCAGGGUCUCCAAUUUGGAAUAUUUAGCCAUGUAACAAAGUAUAACCAAAGCAUAGUGUGCUGCAUAUGCUAGGAUUCAUAUUUAAAGGAGUUUCAGAAACGUCCCCCAUGUUAGGAAAAUCAUUUUUUCUCCUUUCACACUGUGUUCUAUCCACUGUAUCUUUAUCCAGUAAAUAUAAUUAGAACUUGAAUUCAUUCAUGUUAAUUAAAUAAGGCAAUGCCCAUUAGGUCUGCAGUGCAGCUGCUUAUUGGUAAUAUUCAGGUAUCAAAUUUAUCAAGUGAAUAUAAUCAUACUGUAUAAUUCAGUGCUAAAUGCUCAGAUAUGAUAUAUACAGAUAAACUUUACUAUAUAGUUGAGAAAUGAAACUCAUUAUUGAUCUUGGAAACAGCAGUUAGAAAAACAACCUCACUACAAAGUCCAUUUAGUCGAUGAUCUGGAGCUUUUGAUUGUCACAUGAUUCUCCCCAACACGGGGAUUUUGCCCAGUUGUCAUAAGAAGUCUUCAAAAUGCUCAGAAAAAUGUUGAAAUGUAGACAGUUCAAUGGCAACCAGGUAAACCACAUCUGCUGAGGAAGAUCAUGCGAAAAACUCCAGAACAGCUACUAAACGGACCUUGUGGUGAAAUUAUUUGGUCAAAUAUUAUGCGGUUGUUUUUUAUUUUCAAGUCUACACUUUAAUAGGGUGCCUUCCGGACCUGUCAGGUUUCUAAUGUGGCAUUUUUGGUCUUUUCAGAAUGCUGAGUAUGCGGAUUCAUGUUGGUCUGUUUCAGAGUAAUAUGUGUCAAACUUCCUGUUAAAAUCUUGUGCCUGACUCAUGUUUUUUUUUUUUUUUUAAAUAUCAAAUGUCCUAAACUAUCAUUCCUAACUUGACACAUAAUAAACGCAGUAGGGAUUAUUCUAUCUUAUAUUGAAGGAAUAAUUGGGAAAUAUGCUUGUUUGCUUUCUUGCUGAGAGUUAGAUGAGAAGAUCAAUACGAUUCUUAUAGUUGAAGCUACAGCCAGCAGACGGCUAGCUUAGCUUAGCAUAAACACUGGAAACAGCCGGCCUGAGUCAGGCUGCUUCCCCACGUUUCCAGUCUUUAUGUUAAGCUAAACUAGCUGGCUGCUGGUUGUAGCCUUAUAUUAGCGGAAUGGUAUCAAUCUUCUUGUCUAACUCUCAGCAAGAAAGCAAAAAGCCCCAAAAAGCUGAACUACUCCUUAGAUGUACUUUCUUUAAAGCACUGCUUUAGCACGUUAACUGCUGGUAUAUACAUACAAGUACAAAGACGAAUGAAUUAUGAAUCUGUGAAUCUGACACCCUCACUGUGGUGCACAGCUGCGCUGCUCUUCCAUGCUGACUCAAUUUAGUGAGGUACUGUAUGGCCUUAACCACUGAAUGAGCAUGACAUGCUACUCAAUUGUAUAGGUGACCUACAUUCACAUCCACUGCAUCAGAAACUACUGUUAAAACCUGAAUAAUACAUACAGGCUACACUUGCUCUGCAUGAUGAGUCUGAUCCAUAGAUCAAAUCUGUUGAACAUGCAUGACCCAUAUCUACUCAGAAACUGAAUUCUAGUUUGUUUGUUUGUUGUUUUAAUUUCCAGCUUUAUGCCACCCCUGUUACAAUUACUCCUUUGUACAAGGUGAUAGCAUUGAAGGUAACAGGGUUUACAUGUUUAAGGGCAGGAUUAGCAUUAAAGCAGGCCUACUCCCCAGUUAAUAAAGGACAAGAACGCAUAAGGUAUGUAGUGAGAUAUUACAUACAUUUUAUAAACUCUUAAAAUAAAUACAUAUAUUUUCUGAAAAUUGGGGUAAAUCUGGGUUAACGUGUUGUGACACAUGCUUUCCUCGCUGUAACACAUUAAAAACAAACUGAGAUUGUA